GUAGAUCUGGCUGGGUGUUCUAAGACCCGCCCCGUGAAAAAGAUCUCUGACGAUCACUCGAACGCUGGCAGAGAUGUGUUGACCACUCAGCUAAACAGAUAUAGCAGCAGCUGGAGUAACAGUGUCCCAAAGAGGCACCGUAACACACAGAGUGUUACUCUCCUCCACCAUCGUUCAGUCAAACUCCUGGAUAACAGCACUGUUUUGUGAGGUGCUACAAGGCCACAUACAGCAAUAAUGGAGAUUGAGGAAGAGAUUUCACGUGAAGAUGAUGAUGAUGGCAGCUCAUCAUCACCAAACGUAGAGUACAAGGCUGCUCACCAGGCGUUUAGGGAUCGCUGGAAAGAGACGGAUGACACCAUGUGUCGCCACAGCAUGUCCUUCCACCUGCACCACUCGCUGCGGAGUGAGUUCUUCGCCAGCUACCUGUACCUAAUGGAGAAGAUUCCUGUGGUGAAGCUGUUUCCAGUCACCUGUGAGUACAUCAAAGGAGAGAAACAGUUUUACUACAGAGCUCAGAAGUUCUAUGAGGACGUCCCUGCCUCAGAGGAGGGCAUGCUGGGAGAUUUUGUGGAGAUAUGCAACAUCGAUCUAGAGGGUUCUCGGCAGUUUCUGAAGCGGUUUGUGGAGGAGGAACAGAAUGAGGAAAACAACUGUUGGGUCUAUAAGGAGAGAGGCCUGGCCUUCCUCUCUAAAGAUGACGACUCUACCAAUCACCAUUAUCCCUUUGAUGGCCUGCCCUGUCUAUUUGCCUUGGCCACUGAGAGGCUGGAGCUCCCUCUGUCUCUCCAGGCCCCCUCCAUGGCCCAGGCCAUAGAUUUUAUCAUAAGCCUCCGUGCCCAGCCACAUGCUAGGUCAUGCCAA